CACCGGCACCACAGUUUCCAUCGGAUCCCUUCGCCAUGUCGGCCGCCGCGCUCAGGGCUCGACUGAACUCCCAUGUCACUUCAAUGUUCAACACGGGUACGGUGGACGAGUAUUUCCAGUACCUGCAGUCGGUGGAAGAGGACGGCAGCUCAGCGCCGGGCUUGGUUGCCGAGGUCAUCAACCUCUUCAUCAGCGACGCCAACAGCAUCCUCAACGGCAUCGCUGGCCUGCUGAACCAGCCCGUGGUAGAUUUCAACAAGGUGGACGACCUGGUGCAUCAGCUCAAGGGGUGCAGCUGCAGUGUUGGUGCUAAGAAAGUGAACCUCUGCUGUAUGUAUUUCCAUCAGUUCAUUGAGUCAAGAAGCAAAGAAGGGUGCCUCAUGGCGUUGUCUCUUCUUAGGAAUGAGUUCUGCGAUGUGUGCAACAAGUUCCAGACCAUGAUGCAGCUGGAGCAGCAGAUCGCAGCCUGUGGUCCUAAGUAGUAGCAAUCGAAGCAAAAAGAGCAUAGCCCCAUGUGAUCCCACCCAUGAUGGGGUGUAUUUAUCUCUGAAGGCGCAAACAAUAUUCAACAUGUGUCUGGCUUUCAGGCGGUUAUAAAAUAACACGAGGAAUCUUGUGUAGGAACUCGAGUCACACAAAUCUUCAAAAAAAUCGUUGUCAUGUGUCUAUGUCUCUUUCAAGUCUAUAUCAGGUUGUGCUUGUUGGGCUUCCCCGGCCCAUGCAAUUUGUGAACUCUUUACCUAGUUGGCUGG